AUGGCCCUGCUAGCCGCGUUGUUUCUGAGUGCAGCCCUGGGCGCCUUACUCAGUUUCGCGCUGCUGGCAGCGGCGGUCGCCAGCGACUACUGGUAUAUCCUGGAGGUGGCAGAUGCUGGCAGCUCGGGCGGCGCGCGGCUCUCCUCGCAUUCUGGGCUCUGGCGCACCUGUGAAGGACAGAACAGCUGUGUGCCCCUGAUCGACCCUUUUGCCAGCUCCGGCCUGGAAGCUUCUCCCUCCAUACAGCACCUGCUCUCCCUGCAUCGCACAGUCAUGGUAGUCUUGCCUUUGAGCCUCAUCCUCAUCGUGUGUGGUUGGGUCUGCGGCUUGCUCAGCUCCCUGUCCCAGAGUGUCCCUCUGCUGCUGGCCACAGGCUGCUACUUCUUGCUAGGGGGCGCCCUGACCCUGGCAGGGCUCAGCGUCUACAUCUGCUACUCACAGCUGGCCUUCGUGGAGGCUGCCCGCCUGUAUGGCCUGCAGCACGUGCAGAGCGUGCACAUCAGCUUCGGCUGGUCACUGGCCCUGGCCUGGGGCUCCUGCGCCUCAGAGGUGCUCAGUGGUGCCCUCCUGCUCGCAGCUGCCCGUCUCCUCACCCUGAGCCAGCACCCAGGAAUGCCUCACUCUGUCAUCCUCUGAGUCCCAGUGUGGCAGGGGGGUGGGGAGAAGGUCAUCUCAGGCACCCUCAACGUUUGCUGGAGUCCUGGCUGGGAAGAGGCCCUGGGGAUGGCUUGUGGCAGAAGUGUUCACCUCCACUCCAUCUGGACUUGAGAAAGGCAGGUGGGUAGCCGGUGCCUCCAGUCACGAGCUUUUGAUGGUACGGUCUGGCUGGGGUGCGUCAGGGCUCUCUGUGUCCAGGAGGUGCUCUUGCUCUGGGGGAUGUGGCCCACUCCAACCUAGGCAGCUGAGACUGUUUGGCGGGACCCCUGGGUUCAGUUUUGUUCCCUUUCCCCACGGGAGGUUGAUGGGGAGGAGGCUCGAGGCUGGAUGGGAGGGCACACCUUCUAGGCAAGGUGGACCUUUGGGAGUCAGUCCUCCUCCUCAGCAAGCUGCUGCCCAUGCUGGCCUGGAACUUCUCUUUGUAGCAACAGCCAGGGGGAUGUCUGAAACUGGCCACAUUAGGGGUGAGCUGGGACCAUGCCUGGCCAGCCCCUGGGAUGUCUGGACAGAGGAACUCCGCAGAGGGAGGCAGAAACCUGUCCUGGAGAGACUCGCUGCAGAUGUGGAUGGGUCAGUGCACAGGUCCAGGCCUGCAGCCCGCUCCCUGCCUGGGGCAGCACGGAUGAGAACUGAACCAGCUCUGGCCACACGAGAGGGGACACACCUGUGUCAUGUAUCUGGACAGUAGGUAGCUAUAACUUAGGGGUUGUGUAGUACCCCAAAGCCCCAAACGGCUGAUUCUGGUGUAGACCCUUCCUGAGUUUGGGAUAUGUACUAGGGAAGAGAAGGUAGUAUUUUUCAAGGUUUGGUCCCAGCAGUAUCCCUAAGCCACUUUCAGUUGCUUCUAAGGGUCUGGGGAGCCUCUGAGGGGUCUGGGGAACCUCUGAGGAGCCAGGUUUAAUGGGACCCACUGGGGACAAAGGACUGGAGCUGAUGGAGACCCUGCCUUCCAAUUUGUGUUCAAACCUUUGCCAUUCCAUGUACGAGCACUUCCAAGUGUCUGAGUAAAUUAGCUGUGAUGUAUAUUUUUCACUUACAGUA